AUGGCUGCGCAGGCGCGCUCUUUCUCAAGGUACUUCGAUUUCUAUGCAGCGGGCGACCGCCCGCAAACCCACUCGUACAAGGCCAUUACCCACGGCGAGCAGCCGGCAGCAAAUCUCUUACCAUCUUUGCACAGUGAAUUCAUCAGCAACGCCCCACUGUGCUGGUGCAAGGGUUAUGCCUCGGUCCAGAUUGGCAUCUUGGUUCAUGACUGA